ACUCCAUUCUUUCUUAACAAACAUUAAGCAACAGCCAUGGUUUCUUCUUCAUUUGGACCUCCAUGGCACACUUGCUUCUCAACCCCACCAACCACCACCGCCACUACUGCCGCCACCACCACCACCACCGUCACCACCAUCUCCCGACACCCUUUUAACCAUAUUUCAAAUUCAUCACAACCAUUGAAAAGAAACUGGUUUGAAAAGUCUGUUCUUCCAUUAGCUGCUUCAAUGACUGUUCUUCUCUCCUCGUACCCCGCCGACGCCGGAAUACUUUCGGGAUUUUCUGGAUUAGAAUCGAUCCCUGGUCCGGAACUACCUAAGAUCGACUCCUUCACUCGCUUCAACGAAGAAAACCAAAAAAGGUACGCAGAAAAUGAUGCAAGAUUCAAAGAGUCUCCCCUGCUUAAGGAGUUGCUUGAGAAAUCCAAGUUGAACAAAGAAAAGAACCGACAAGCGAUUCAAGACAAGUAUUGCAUACGAGGAGCAGAGUGGGGCGUUGGUGAUUGCUCGGCCGAAGGGAUGUCGCCACAAGAGAAGGACGAGUUCAUCGCAAUGUUGAAAAAGAAGGCCGGCGUAGAAUGAGAGAGUUUGUUGAUGUAGUUGUACCUUUUGUAGAUUGGGUAGUACUUCUGUUAUUCAUCGGGUUUCACGGAUAUUUUUAAAAACGGUUGACUCGAUCAAUAUCAGCUAGUUGCCUACAGACUGCUUCGACUUAUGAUGUGGACCAAGUACUUACCCGGUCAAUAUUAUUAUUUAACU